GUGUGUGUGUGUGUGCGUAUGUGUAUCUCCCAUCCUGCACUUCAGUCACGAAUCUCUCUGUAGUCUAGACAGUGCAGCGAAGACCUGGAGCCACUGUAGUGUGUAGUGUUUCUGCCACCUGCGUUUUUACUUUUCUUUAUUUCUUCAUUUUUUAUUUUAUAAAUUUUGCAGAGGAUUCGCUUUCGUAGCUGUUUUUUUGGUUUUUUUUUUACACAUUACGGUUUGCACUGAAUGCAGUGUGACCCACCCUCAGCUUAACCUUCUUCUUGACGACAGAAAUUCACAGGACACCAGCAGAAAUUUUCUUUAUUUUUGUUAUAAGCAUUAGAUUACAACAGGAGACAUUUAACACUACGAUGAAGACACAUAUAAGGCGUGCACUGUCUCUCCUCCUGCUGAUAGCGUGUUUAGUGAAGUUUGGCGUAAAUGGUGUUAGCGAUGCACCUCAUCCUGACACCACUAAGAGUGAAGGUGCUCCGAAACGACCGUCACGCUCCUCUGAGCCCAAAGAGGGCCGUUGCUCGUACACCUUCAUCGUUCCCCAGCAGAAGCUGAAGGGGGCGCUGUGUGUGAGUACCGAGAUGGCGCGGGCCAACGGCUCUGAGACUGCAGACCUGCGUGCUCAACUCAGUAAACAGCAGGAGCAGCUGGAGAGUUUGCGUGUGCGUCUGGAGCAGGAGGGGGCGCUGGCAAGCGAGGUGAGCACCCUGCGCAGAGAGAGCAGCACCAUGAACGCCCGCAUCACCCAUCUGUACGCCCAGCUUCUGCACGAGAUCAUUAACAAGCAGGAGCAGGCAGCGGAGCAGCGACGUAUGGAGGAGCUGCUGCUGAACACCACCUUACAGGUGUUACAGAUAUCCAACAGUUACAGAGAGCUGGAGAGGAAGUACGAGGCACUCACUUCUCUGGUGAACAACCAGAGUCAACUAAUGACACAGUUGGAAAAAAGGUGUCAGAACAGCGUUGUCACCAAACCACAGCAGGAGGCUGAAUCAUCAGCGGUCGAUCAGUCCAGCAUCGUGCAGAACGAGACCUCCGAGCCUAAACAUGAAGUCAGGAACAUUCAGAGAGACCAAAGUGCCCCUCUGCUACAGAAACAAACACUGCAGGAGAUUCAUGGCCUCCUCACCACAGCAACAGAUCUCCCUACAGAGGCACCAUUCAUCAGUUUCCCUGCCACUAAGUCUCCAGGGCCAUGGCAAGACUGCCAGCACGUCCUGGACUCAGGAGAAAGCAGCAGUGGCAUCUAUCUGCUGCGCCCAAGCAACUCUAACCAUCUGUUUCAGGCAUGGUGUGAACAGAGCCGCGCUCAGGGAGGCUGGACCGUCAUCCAGAGAAGACUGGAUGGCUCUGUCAACUUCUUCAGGAACUGGGAUCAGUAUAAGCAAGGUUUUGGGAAUCUGGAUGGUGAGUAUUGGCUGGGUCUGGAGAAUCUCUACUGGCUGACCUCACAAGCUUCCUACAAGCUCCGAGUGCACAUGGAGGACUGGCAGGGCCGGCAGGCGUUCGCAGAGUAUGACAGCUUCCACAUAGAGCCUGAGAGCGACUGGUACCGCCUGAGACUGGGAUCCUACCAGGGCACCGCUGGCGACUCACUUUCCUGGCACAGCAAUAAAGCUUUCACCACACUCGAUCGCGACAAGGACGCCUACUCAGGUAACUGUGCUCAUUACCAGAAGGGGGGCUGGUGGUACCACAUGUGUGCUCACUCGAACCUAAACGGGGUUUGGUACAGAGGAGGCCAUUACCGCAGCCGCUACCAGGAUGGAGUGUACUGGGCUGAGUUCCAUGGAGGCUCGUACUCUCUCAAGAGGGUCACCAUGAUGGUUAAACCCAUUCAACCGAUUCAAGUAUUGGUGAAGUAAACCCGGAUACUAACUACUGAACUCAGACGAACAGAAAGCACCUGACAAAAGUCUCAGAAAAAUAAAUCACUUCUGUAUCAUUCUGCUGGAAUUGAUGACUGCAUCUGUUUGAAAAUAUAACUGAGCAUUUUCUAUCAUAAGUUAGAAAUGAUAAAGAUGGUAAUGAGCAAUUGCUGAAUGAAAAACUGUGUUGUUGGCUUAUUGUCAGGGGGUGUUAGUAGCCAGACCAGUUCUAGGAGGCUUUAGCCCCCUAAAUAUUGUUUAGCCCCCUCAGAUAACUGUACAUUAUUUGUUUAAAUCAUCCAUAGUUUUUCUGAUUCAUUUUUAAUUAUUCAACCAUGCCAUCAUGUUUCCUAAUUCACAAUGGGCCCCAUUCAGACCUGUCCACCUUCAUGCAUUGUGUGUGUUUUUUCAGGCUUAUUUGUAAAAGGUUUAAGUAUAAGAAAAUCACAGAUUCAUUUUCUCAGUCAGUUCUGUUAAAAAGCUGUUAAAUAGGCUUAUAUGAAGUGUCAAAUCUAACUUUUUUUUUUUUUUUUUUUAAUAAUUUUAAGGUUAAUGAUACUUAGAAAGCGAUUGAAAAUGCUGUUUGCUGUUCAUGCAAACACACUCAAACAGUGCAGUCUUGAUAAGAUCUUAGUAAAAACUGGAAUGCAUAUAUAUGUGGGGUUUUUGGGUAUCCACCAGGCCCUUGUGGGAAAGGAACAGUUUUAGUGAAAAUGUAGACACUAGAAAAGGUUACAUGUACACUUUCUUAUUAGGAGCUGUAUGUAACACCUCCUUCCUAGAACAGGAGGAAGAACAGGGUAGGCAGGUCUGCUUAUUCAUCAAAGUUACAUAAAUAACUGAAGGAUGUCAACCAAUAAAACUGACAGACAACAUCAAAAAAGUGAUUUGAGU